GGGGACUUGGGUACACCAGGUGUUCUGUGGGUACACGCAGACGGCAGAUGCAAAUGGUCUGUGGCUAAGGUACGUCAAAGGCGACAGCCCAUACACAACUUGCAUACAACUUGCCAACCACGACUGUUAGCGUCGCGCAGAGCUGCAGGGUUGCGCCCAGAGGCGCAUCGACAUUUCUCGACGUUGUUGUGGCGCGCGUGCGUGUAGGAAAGGCUCUCCGAAGAAGUGCUAACUGGGACAUCAUGUGGGUGUGACGACUCGAGAAGAAAAUAUGGAUUUGAGUCGUCUUCUCGUUGUGUUAGGUGUUGUUGGAUUUCUCCUAGCCAUUCUUGGUGGUGGGGGUGUCCUCCUGCUGCCUAGGUUGUUCAACACCAUUUUAGAUGAGAAACUUCCUUUGGUUAAUAACUCAAAUGUAUUUCAUCUGUGGCAAGACAUCCCUCUACCCAUUUACAGGAAGUUCUACUUCUUUAACUUGACCAAUCCAAAGCAGUUUCUUGCAAAAGAAGAGAAGGCAAAGUUUGAGGAGGUUGGACCCUAUUCUUACAGGGUGACUUGGGUGAAGAAGAACAUCACCUGGAAUUCCAAUGGCACCAUUUCAUACAGAGAAGUCAAGACAUACUUUUUUGACAGAAAUGAAUCUGUUGGUACUGAAGCGGACCAGAUCACAACUAUUAAUGCUCCUCUUGUGGCCGCAGGUGUCCUUGUGGAUAAAAUACCGAACCGUGUAAAACGCAGAGCAAUUGCAGUUUUUAUUAACCUACUUAAAGAGAAGCCGAUUUCACAACACACGGUGGGUGAACUCCUGUUUGAUGGCUACAAGGAUUUGCUCGUCAUGGCCAGCCAGAAGAUUGACCCAACCUUGCCGCCUACUGGUGGGAAGUUUGGCUGGAUGAUGUUGCGUAAUGGUUCCAAUGAUGGCCUUUUCACUGUGCACACAGGCAAAGGGGAAAUGGACAAAUACAAUGUUAUCACUCGUUGGAAUGGCCUGCAAAACCUUACCUGGUGGAAUGGGACAUGCAACAUGAUAAAUGGCACAAAUGGCGAGCUCGUGCCUCCUCUGAAACCUGGAGAGAAGUUCAUUGAAGUUUACAAUCCCGACUUCUGCAGGUCAAUCAGAAUGCAGUAUAAUGGCAGUACAUCAAUGUUUGAAAUUCCACUGGAGCAGUUCGUAGCUCCGGAGACCACUUUCCAAAAUGGGGAAAACUACUCUGCAAAUGCCUGCUUUGACACAAAGCGGAAACUGCGCUCUGGAGUAAUGGACCUCGGCCCAUGCCAGCAUGAUUUACCCGUGGCAUUGUCUUUCCCACAUUUCUACAUGGCUGACCCUUACUACUUGGAGCAAGUGGAGGGGCUGCAACCCAAUGGCAGUCUGCAUCGCUUUCAACUGGACUUGGAGCCUAAGCUGGGUCUCACUGUCUGCCUGAAGGGACGUAUCCAGCUGAAUAUGGUCCUCAAGAAAAACUCUCUCAUCACGGGACUGACUGACAUACCAGAAAUAGUCUUUCCAGUUGUGUGGCAAGAAAUAAACAUUGAACUGGACAAGGCCUUAGCUGAUUACCUGAAAAGCACAUUGGAGAAUCCCAUGUUCUACAGCACACUUUUCGCUUACCUUCUGCUGGCCUUCGGUAGCCUCCUCCUCUUGAUUAUGGUCGCGUUUAUUGCAGGCAGGGCUGCUUCGAGGCUACUCUAUUCAAAGGAUGUCGAAAACAAGUCAUUGCUUGUCGAUACUGAUGAGACACUGGAGGCUGCUGCCGCAAAAAGCCACCAGAAUGACGGUGAAGUGAUUACGUGACCCUUGGAUUUUUUUAGUGUGUUGGUUUGCGAGAAGUUGAUUUAUCGCUAAAUGUUAUUGCUACUUUCACAAAAGAAAACGAACAGAGUUUGCAGUCACUGGUAUGGACUGCAUUCUGUAAAUUUCUCCAGCCGUUUUGUUUACAAAAGUAAUGUCAGCAGAGCCAUUGUUCCCUGUAGUCAAACUGUUGCUAUGAACUUCUAAAGCCUUCUUCGAAACAGCCUUUUACAGUCGAGUGAAAUGGACUGCUGUUUUAGAAUCCUGCAAGCUAGGAAAGCUUGUGAGUGAAGUGUUCUUAAGAGUUUUUACGUUAUGGCAGCCAGUCUGCUUGUGCCAAGUGCAGUGUUGUCUGAACAAGGGCUUUUACUUGCUUCAGGCAUUUUGCUGCCAAUACUUGCUCACUAAUCAUAAUUUUACUUCAGCAAAGCUAUCGCUAUUUUAGUAUUGUCUUUUCUUGAGCUGUUGGUUAUAAGUCAGCCGAAUGUUCUUGCCUUGUGUGCUUAAUCUCUAGCCUUGCUUGAACAAUUCAGCCUUGAAGUCUCAAAGUAAAUGCAUUCUUAUGCUCAACAGUGCAGCAUUCAGGGUCCAUCAGCAUUGUUUUGUUUAGACAUUAUAUUUUGUUGUUUGUUUGUGAAUAUUGUUUCUUGACCUGUUGUGUGCAGUAUUCUCACACUGGUACUGUUUCAUGAGAUGAGAAUUAAAGUUUCUUUUGUAAUUAGCGUA